CGCCUCAGCCUCCCAGAGUGCUGGGAUUACAGGUGUGAGCCACCGCGCCCGGCCUCUCCUGAGUUCUUAAACUCUCUCCUCAUCUUGCUUCCAAUGCCCGCCCCCUCCGCUCCCCUCCACGUCUCUCCAGGGCUCAGCCUGUUGCUACUGUCCUUGCUCCUGGUUCAAGCUGGUGUCUGGGGAUUCCCAAGGCCCCCUCUGAGCCUGCAGGAGCUGCGAAGGGAGUUCACGGUCAGCUUGCACCUCGCCAGGAAGCUGCUCUCCGAGGUUCGGGGCCAGGCCCACCGCUUUGCUCAAUCUCACCUGCCGGGAGUGAACCUGGACCUUCUGCCCCUGGGAGAGCAGCUCCCCAACGUCUCUCUGACCUUCCACGCCUGGCGCCGCCUCUCUAGACCAGAACGACUCUGCUUCCUCUCCACAACACUUCGGCCCUUCCAUGCCCUGCUUGGGGCGCUGGGGAGCCAGGGAGACUGGACCAGCUCUGAGAGGAUGCGGCUGUGGGCCAUGCGGCUGGACCUCCGGGACCUGCAGUGGCAUCUCCGCUUCCAGGUGCUGGCUGCAGGAUUCAACCUCCCCGAGGAGGAGGAGGAGAAGGAGGAGGGGAAGGGGCUUCUCCCAGGAGCUCCUGGCAGCCCCCUGCAGGUGCUGGCCCAGGUCUCCUGGCCGCGGCUGCUGUACACCUACCAGCUGCUGCACUCCCUGGAGCUUGUCUUAUCUCGGGCCGUGCGGGACUUGCUGCUGCUGUCCAAGGCCGGAAACCCAGCCAAGGCCUUGGGGUUCCCAACACCUGGCCCUCAGCCCUGACGGGGUGACUUCUUAGCCUCCUACCCCUCACCCUUUAGGACUUGACCAACAGGACAGCUCCAGCUCAUAUGCCUCAGACAAGGCAGGCCUCUACCAGCCCCCAGCCCCAGGCCCUACCCAAUAACUUAAAGCCCCUCCAGUCCUUGCCAGCUAUUUAUUUCUUGGAUAUUUAUUUAUUGUUUAGGGAGAUGAUGGUUUAUUUAUUGUUUCAGGGCCUGGCCACCAAGCUGGGUACCUAAUAAAACACUCUCACCCUCUCCCCGCCUCAGCUUUUUUUCAGGGUAUGGCCGUCUGACACCCCAAGGGUGGGAUGGCCUGGAAUGGAGCUAGCAGCCUCUGGCCACCCUGGACCCCUCUGUGAUCCUACGUUUUUGGGGCCGUGAUCCAUCCUCCCCUGCUCUGG